UCCCCGAGGCACGUGUCUCGUAUAAAAGCGGAAGGCGGCACAGUGGAUUGCGCACACAGACUCACGAAGCAUCUAUUGAGAGGUAACUCCACACCCCCUAAAUAACAGGAGCCACCAUGUCAGACCUCUGUGUUGGAAUCAACGGCUUCGGUCGCAUUGGCCGUCUGGUCCUGAGGGCUUGCCUUCAGAAGGGUGUCAGAGUUGUGGCCAUCAACGACCCCUUCAUUGAGCUGGAGUACAUGGUCUACAUGGUCAAGUAUGACUCCACCCAUGGUCGUUACAAUGGUGAGGUCCGUUGUGAAAAUGGCAAGCUCAUCAUCGAUGGCCAAGCCAUCUCUGUCUUUCAGUGUAUGAAGCCAGCAGAGAUCCCCUGGGGCAGUGCUGGAGCCAAAUAUGUUGUUGAGUCCACUGGAGUCUUCCUUAGUGUGGAGAAAGCCAAUGCUCACAUCCAGGGUGGAGCUAAGCGUGUGGUUGUGUCCGCCCCUUCACCUAAUGCUCCAAUGUUUGUCAUGGGAGUUAAUGAGGACAAAUACGACCCCUCCUCCAUGACAGUUGUCAGUAAUGCCUCCUGCACCACCAACUGCCUGGCCCCCCUGGCCAAAGUCAUCCAUGAUAACUUUGGCAUUGAGGAGGCUCUUAUGACUACAGUCCAUGCAUACACAGCCACCCAGAAGACAGUGGAUGGGCCAAGUAGCAAGGCCUGGCGUGAUGGCCGUUGUGCCCCUCAGAAUAUCAUUCCAGCCUCCACUGGUGCUGCCAAGGCAGUGGGCAAAGUCAUCCCUGACCUCAAUGGUAAGCUCACAGGCAUGGCAUUCAGGGUGCCAGUGGCCGACGUGUCAGUGGUUGACCUGACAUGCCGUCUGUCCAAGCCAGCAUCUUAUGCUGAAAUUAAGGAAGCAGUGAAGAAGGCUGCAGAUGGGCCCUUGAAAGGAAUUCUGGGAUACACUGAGGACCAGGUGGUGUCCUCUGAUUUCAUUGGUGACACCCACUCCUCCAUCUUUGAUGCUAGUGCUGGCAUCUCCCUCAGUGACAAAUUCGUCAAGCUCAUUUCCUGGUAUGACAAUGAGUUUGGCUACAGCCACCGUGUCACUGACCUGCUAAUGUACAUGCACUCCAAGGAGUAGACACUUCCUGGCUAUAAUGGAAGUCAGGAACGGGACCACCCCAACCCCUCCCUUCUCUUUAAAACACAAGCUCUGAUCAUAGCAUCACAGCCCCUAGCUCUACUAUAGUAUAGGUAGGCAGCAGUGUGAGUGUUCUGAGUUCAUUGUUUUCCUUUAAUGACAAGAUCAGUCAGUUACAGUAUUUGUCUGUGUGCACCCUCUCCACUGCCACUUUAGAUGUGUCAUAGUGGCUCAGUCCCAUGGUAACUACUGUAUCCAUCUCCCUGUUGUGUUUAGAGGAAGCUGAGGCAGAGCUACUGUAAGAAUGAGACAAAUAAAACUCUGAAAAAAAAA